AUGCGGAACUCCAUAUUCAUCAAUGUCGUGGAGCUGAGGGCUCCAACUCCGGGUCCGGUGGAGGCGGCGGCAGUGGCGGAGCAAGAGGCUCAUCAAACUGCUGCCCGCUUCAGCCAGCCGACAGUCGGACGCCAUCGUGCCUGCGCCCAUCUGCACGCAAAUACACUUCACCGGCAAGAACGCAGUUUCGACGAAGAUACAACAGAGCAUCACCAAGAUGUUGUUGCUAAUAUCCACCGUCUUCGUUCUCCUCAAUCUGCCGAGCUACGUGGCGCGGCUGUACGCCUUCGUGUGCUUCUCGUUCUGGCAGGAGGCGACGCCGCUGACCCUUUGGUGCCUGCAGCAGUUCUUCAUGAUGCUCUACUACACCAACUUCAGCAUCAACUUCCUGCUCUACUCCAUGUGCGGCAUCACCUUCCGGCGCUGCCUCUGGCAGCUCGUUCGCAAGAACCUCAAGAACAUCACCCACUACCACUGCAACCCUCAGCAGUACACUUGAACGCCAGCUCUCCACUGGUGACUUAUAACACAUUUCUUGAGUGUGAUCUCUUUCAGUACCUGAGUGUAGUGACCGGCGAAAGUCAGCUUGUGGGGUGGAAAAGUGCAGUUUUCGAUCUACCUCUUCUGUAAACAGAGUGUCACUACUAUUAAGCCUUUAUAAGUGUCGGGAAAACAAUUUGUGUGCUGUUCCUCUCAGCAGAAAUGUGAAUUUGUUCGCCGAAUGCGCGAAGAAAUUCAGUGGUAAAAAAGCACACUAACUGUGUUUGUUACAAAAGAGGUUUCUUUGGGAGAGGCAAGUAGGCAGAACAGUACUUUCCCUAAUGGCUUAAAAUAGCGCUUCCAAUGCUAUUUGCACAAUUAUUUGUCUCUAUACGUCUUCAUAUUCUCGUAAAUACGACCAAUUAUGCGAUGUGACUAAAUGGGUGUAUUUAAUACGAGUAGUUCCGAUCGGUCGCGAAAUGCAAAUGACAGUGAAAACCACAAAAGUUUUUCGAACAGUCCACGGGUAUACUGCAAG